UAUAAAUACCACCUCUAACCCUGCCUUUCAUAACAUCACAUAAACAUUCACUAAAACACUAGUAGCAUUUUAGGUUUGAAUUCUUCCUUGUUCAGCUUCAAACUCUUUCACUACAAUGGCAUCAGUUGAGGUUGGAUCAGUUCCAGUGGCAGAGAUCGUUGCUCCGGUUGAGGCAGCGGUGAAAGUGGAGGAGACUCCUGCAGAGGUGGUGGCCGUGGCGGAAGAAGUAGCUGCUGAAGCCGAGCCAGAGAAAGAAGCCGCGGCGGUGGAGGAGCCAGCCGUUGAAGAGGCUGCUCCAGUUGAAGCCGAGCCAGAGAAAGAAGCCGCGGCGGUGGAGGAGCCAGCCGUUGAAGAGGCUGCUCCAGCAGAAGCCGAGCCAGAGAAAGAAGCCGCAGCAGUGGAGGAGCCAGCUGAGGCCGAGCCUGAGAAAGAAGCCGCGGCCGUAGAGGAGCCAGCUGUUGAAGCCGAGACGACAGUGGUUACGGCUGAAGAAGCCGUUCCAGAGAAAGAGCCAUUGGCUGUUGAGGAGGCCGCUCCCGUCGCUGCUGAAGAGGCUGCUCCAGCUGAAGUUGCAGUUGAGAAAGCUGAGGAGUGAAAGAGCUGAUGCUAGUAUAUGACAAAGGUGGCAGUAUUUGAAAAUUUUAUCAUGGUUUUUGAUGGAUGGUGUUGAGGAGUAGUAUUUAAUUUCAAUUUUUAUUUGUACUAGCAAUACCAUUCAAGUUUCAAUAAAUAAAAAUUAUGUUCAUCUA